AAUGGCGGCCUUGUUGUUGGCGGAUUGCACCGAGGCACGGAGAGUGGAGGCAAUUCCACGAUGACGGUGGUGCUGGAGAUUCGUCUCCACCGCCACCACCUACGACGGUACGACGCCAGCGCCGUGCACAGCCUUCCCUUUCUUUCCUUCAUUUCUUCAACACAUCUCUCAUCACACCAAUGCACGAUCCACCCUCGCCCGUGCCCAAGGACGUCCAUUUCGUCCUCCUCUUGCACGGGCUCUAUGGCUCCGCCGCCAACUUGUGGUGUCUCGAGGAGGAGAUUGAGCGCGCCCACGACUCAUCCGAUUGCGCCCUCGACCUCCACAUUCUCAACGCACGAGAGUACGGGGGUGCCUUGACCUGGGACGGGAUAGACGUGAACGCGCAUCGCGUCGCGAAUGAGGUCGAUAAGGAAAUCGAGGCUUUGGAGCGCGAUGGGCGACGCGUCGCUGUCUUCAGCAUCACCGGAUACUCCCUCGGCGGACUUAUCGCACGCGCUCUUGUUGGCGAGCUAAAUGCACGCUCCCCGUCCUUCUUCAGUCUCCACCGCCCCGCCUCCUUCUGUACAAUCGCAACCCCCCAUCUCGGCGUCCUCCGAUACGGAUCAUGGAGGAGCACCUGGGUGCACGCAAUCGGGCAGCGUCUCUUCAGUCGCACGGGACAGCAGCUAUUCUGUCUGGAUAACGACCUGGGACGACCGCUGUUGGCCCAGAUGGCAGAUCCUAACGACAAGUAUCUCCGGGCGCUCAACGUAUUCCCUCGCAUCGUGAUCAUUGCAAAUGCUGUCAACGACCUUACGGUACCCUAUGCGACUGCCGCAAUCUGCACUCACGACCCUUUCAUCGACCAUGUCCGCGACUGUCUUUGCGUCGAGCUCGAGGGCAAGACCGUUACGCGAUACUAUACUGCCGACCCGGAGGAGGAGGAGCUUGAGCUCGAAGUCGCGCCUUCACCCCUGCCCUCCCCCCCAGUACCAAUGGCACGAGGGACCGAACGCCCAUUGCUCCCGCCAGUGUUCUACACGAACUGGAAUGGGCCACUGCGCUAUGCGUUGUUUCCCUUCAUCCCCCUCCUCAUUCCGACCGUAUUGACCUUUGUCGCGGUGACCUUUGCCUUCCACUCUUUCAAGUCCGCCCAGCGCAUUCGAGAGCACUCUGAACGGCGCCGUGCAUUACUUGCCGACGCAGAAGAUACAGACACCGCUACACCCGGCGACACGCCGCUCAACUCGCGGCCCUUGUCGCCUGUGCAGCUAUCCGAUGUCGAGGGCGCGUCCACGCCGCCCUUCGCAAAAGGGCCAUCGAAUCCCUCUCAGCCCAUCAUCUCGCCGUUGCAGAAAGAGAUGGUGCGAGCCUUCAACGACUUGCCACAGCUCGAGCGCAUCACCGCUUGGUUCCCAGGCGUGUUCAAUGCGCACGCGGUGAUCAUCGCGCGCAACGCCCGUAACCCAAGAUGGGCGUGGCAAGCUGAGGGUCGAGAGGUUGUGCAGACGUGGGCGCGCAAGGUGAUUGCAGCGGUGACGGAGGCGCUAGAAGCUCCGCUUCCUGUGGCUGGAGCUUAGAUACAUGGAGCGAAUAUAGAGCUGUGCUGGAGACGAUCAUGAAUAAUCAUCACGAUAGCUUCAAGUUAGCGUCCAUCGACGAACAAUCAUGCAGAGUGCGCUGGAUUGC